GUCGUUUCUGUCUGACGUACUGAAGGCCAAAAGAGAUGAAGAACUUGUAUUAGCGUGUUGUUAGGAUGAGUGAGCGCAGUUUGUUCGGGUACCAAGAGGAGGUGCCUGGAGAAGUCCCGCGACCACCAAGCGCGCCGGUUAACCCGGCGCAGUACAAGUUCUCGCAGGAUGAACUUCGGGUGCUGAGCGAGUGCAAUCGCGAAAGCUUCUACCAGCGUUCGAUGCCUCUGGGAACACUGUUUGGGUUCGGUGCUUACGCCGCGGUGCAGAGUGGUCGGCUAAAGCCCAACCCUCGAUUUGGCCCGUACCCGAAAGUUACACUAGCGGUGAUAGUGGGCUACUUCCUUGGGAAGGUGUCGUAUCAGCGGGCGUGUGCAGAGAAACUGAUGGCGCUGCCGGGCAGCUACAUCGGUCAGUUGCUCAGGGACCGCCGCGACGGGAAGGCCACAGUUCAGCCGAUACCAAAACAGCCUGCGACAAUGUUCGGGGCGGGCCCCAGCGACAUAUACUCGGACGCGGGGCCCGGCAGCUCUCUGGACCUGGACACGGACCGCCCGCUGUUCUCCGAUGACACUUACCGCCCAGACAAUGCCGGUGCAGAGAACCAAACUCCUCCAGUAGCGCGGCCAUCUUUGUCGUACGACGAGUUGCGCCGGCGCAACCGCGGCGAAUACGUCGACGCCAAGCAAGACCCAUACAAGAUCGAUCCCGCCUUGGCGCCGCCUAUCAGCCGUCCUCGCCCCCCUCCGUCAUCCCAGCACACAAACAAAUACGGCGACGUUAUGGAUUAGUAACCGCCUCUGUACAUUCUCAGUACGGUCCACGUUUACCAUUACGACACAAUCGGCGAAACUGUACCCUUAGCACGAACCAAUAUCGAAUUCGAAUAGUUUGCGAGUUCGAAAUGUCGUUGUCAAAUAUGUAAUGAUUUUUAAUUCUCGUUACGUCCGUUAUGGCGCUGAU